GAUCGGACGCGCUCAACAUGACGAUGGCGGCAACAACCGCGGCAGUAACAUCGCCACUCAAGCAUCAUCAUCUCCAGCACCAACAACAAUCAAGUAUACCAGUCAACUCCACAUUAUCAUCUGUCAACACAAUAGCUUAUAACACGCAGCAACAACACUCCACUAUACAACAUCAUCAUCAACAACAUCACAAUCACCACCAGCAACAGAACGACCACAUUAAGCGGCCAAUGAACGCAUUCAUGGUUUGGUCACGCGGACAGCGACGCAAAAUGGCACAGGAUAAUCCAAAAAUGCACAAUUCAGAAAUUUCGAAACGUUUGGGCGCCGAAUGGAAAUUACUCACCGAGGGGCAAAAGCGACCAUUCAUCGACGAAGCGAAACGUUUGCGUGCGCUUCACAUGAAAGAACAUCCAGACUACAAAUACCGUCCGCGUCGCAAACCAAAGACCCUCAAUAAAUCUCCAGUGCCCGGCUCCACGGCCAACGCCUCACAAAAGGAGUCACAACAUGGCCACAUGGGUGCAUCAGCGGCGGCUGCCGCAGCAGCUGCUGCAGCUGUAGCCGUCGCCGCUCAACACCCACAUCAUGCUCACCAUCAACAGCAUUCUCCUACAAGCCAUCAUCACCUAGCUACUGCGGCCAAGUACGGUUUUGGUCCAAUGCCACUGGAGUUGACGCUCAAUAUGCCAACGCGUCAUUUACCUGGUGCUUUUGCAUCGACAACGGCUCUAACACAUUACCCUCUGGAUCCCACCAUCGCACUCGAUCUACAGGCUCGUCUUCAGGCUAUGUACGCGGGAACGCUAUAUCACCCUUGGCGAUAUUUUGGCUGCACGCCGCUUAUAAGCCCCGAGACGCCGCCGUCGCCUCCCAGCAGCAACGGUACCGGUAGCAUCGCUUCUUCUUACGGCUGCGGCAUAAAAUCGGCUAAAUCUUCACCUACGCUGCCACUGCCAGUGGGCACCCAGGCGCCUCCCAACAUUAUUUGACCAACUCCUUUGCGAUUCGGAGGCAGCUCUGCGAGUAAUGCUCCUGUUGGCGUCGUAGCUGAACCGGCCAUGUAGGCUAUUAUGUAAAUGUAGUAGAGAUUAGAUUUUAAAUUGAGUAUAGAUACAUAUAUGUACAAUACAUAUGUAUAUAGUUAUAAACAUAUCCGUAUACUUAAAAUUGUAUAUACCAUAAAAUAAUAAGGGUAUUCAGACUAUCCUCGUUAAUGUAUUAAUUCGUUAUCUGGUAACUCGGUAACACUUUCAACUUCAAAUGCCCAUUAUUCUUUUUCUGGUUAAAAUUACUUUCGAAUCAGCUGACGUGAAGUUCUUUUAUUUAUAAACAUUUAUUAAUUCCACGACAGAAACGUAUAUUGAACUGAUUAAAUGUAUGCACUUUUCGCGGGAGAAAAUUCCAGCAAAUAAGUGACAAAAAGGAAUCAGCUGACAUUUUAACGCGUGUGUUACCACCAGGGUUGCCACUGACGACACAAAAUACUUACCAUCCGCUUGAAAAAAUCUACCAAAUCUGGAA